CGUUUGUUUCCUUUGCCGUCAUGCCCACCCUUUGUGGUCUCUCCAGCUUUAUCCAAUACAGUUGUGAAUCAGAGCUGCCACUCUUUGCGCACUUCGCAGUGAGCUUCAAAUGUAGUCGUUCGAGAGUGGGGCUUCUCUAGAAGUGCGACACCGGUGGAAUUUGGCUUAAAAUUAUGCUCAACGCCGUCCCUAGCAACAGCCGAGCGUGAAGAGGACCAUGGGCGUCGAAGAGCUGCCGACGGCCAGCCACCAGAAGGUGUUCGCCGCCAUAUGGCGCACCGUGCGCGAGGCUCUGUUCUUGCUCCAAGUGGGCACGUUGUGCGUACUCGCUCUCAUGGUGCGCAAAGGAGUGUGCCGAUCCAAGGCCAGUAUGGAAGGCAAGACCGUGGUCGUUACGGGUGCUAACGCAGGCAUCGGCAAGGCCACAGCCAUGGCGCUAGCACGGAGAAAGGCCCGUGUGAUCCUGGCCUGCCGCAACAUGGACAAGGCCAAGCGGGCAGCCCAGGAGAUAUUCGAGAGCACGGGACAGUCAGUGGUCAUCAAGGAGCUAGACCUCGCCUCGUUCAAAUCGGUGAAUGACUUCUGCGACGACAUUCUGAAGACGGAGUCGCGACUCGACGUACUCGUCAACAACGCUGGCAUCGUCACAGACUCCAAAGCGGUCAGGCUGACUGAAGACGGCUACGAAUUGUGUUACCAGUCCAAUUAUCUCAGCCACUACUUGUUAACGAUGAGGCUCCUCGGGCUGCUGCGGAAGAGUGCACCGAGCCGGGUGGUGAACGUCUCGUCAGCCGUGCACCACUUGGGCACUCUUGACGAUCCCGACAAGCUGGCGCGCGGCCUGACUGCCGUGCGUCACCCGACCUACUCGUACGCCUGCAGCAAGCUCGCCCAGGUCGCAUUCACGCGCUCCCUGGCGCACAAGCUACGCCACACUGGCGUCACAGUGAACGCUCUGCACCCUGGCGAUGUAAAGACGGACAUCGCAACCAACUCGCCCGGAGGUCUUUUCUUCAGCUUGCUCUUGGCUAUUGGAGGAAAAACUGCCGAGGAAGGGGCGCAGACGUCCAUCCACCUGGCCGUCGAGCCCAAGGUGGGGACGGGCCACUACUACUCGGACUGCCGGCGGGCCUGGAUAAGCAGGCAGGCGGCCAACCGGAGGAAGUGCGAGCGCUUCUUCUGGCACUCUGCACGUCUGGUGCACCUCGACGAAGACAUGGUCAACUCUCUCAUAGGAAAAUUAUACACCGUUUGCAUAUCGGAGUGGCGUUCCCCUUUCGGCGUUUGGCGCGCCUUGAAAGAACCGCCUCUCCAAGGCCGCCAACUACGUGUGUUUUUAUACGUGCACGUUCGCUCGGUGGCUCUCUUCCUUUUAACGCGCAAUAUUUCUCUCUUUCAAAUCGAGCAGCCGUUUCCUGUAGCGUCUGAAUUUCUUUCGACCAGUGUCAACGGAGGCUGCCGAGAUUUCGAGGCAGAAGGAGCGCCAGCCGAGAGGACAAUGGACACUGUUCAGCCAGAGAAGAAGCUGGACCUGCGGGCGGUCGUGGCCGAGCUUCUUCUGUUUGUGAAGAUCGUGCUGCUGGCCAUCGAACAUUUGUGGGACAAGCACGCCAUGUGUCACUCAGAGGCGUCCAUGGAAGGGAAGACAGUCAUCGUUACGGGGGCCACCUCAGGCAUCGGCAAGGAGACAGCCAUGGAGCUGGCGCGCAGAAAAGCAAGAGUCAUCAUAGCCUGCCGAAACGCCGAGAAGGCGCAGCACACGGCGGAGCAGAUAUUCGAGCAGACAAACAGCGGAGUGGUCGUCAAAGCGCUGGACAUGACUUCGUUCAAGUCGGUCCGCAAGUUCUGCGACCACGUCGUCCGCACAGAGGACCGGCUGGACGUGCUCAUCAACAACGCCGGGGCGAUUGGACAUUCAAAGAAGGUCAAACUGACUGAAGACGGGUUUGAGGAGAUCUUCCAGGCAAACUUCCUAGCACCUUUAUUGCUCACGCUUCUUCUUCUUGACUUGCUGAAGAAGAGUUCGCCGAGCAGAAUCAUCAACGUGUCCUCCGACUACCACCGAUUGGGACAAGUUGGAGACGUGAGGCAGAUGGCGCGAGGCGUUAACCUGGUCACCAAUCCCACAGCCCUCUACGGGAACGCCAAGCUGGCACUCUGCUUGGUCACCAUCGCACUGGCUGACAGGCUUCGAGGCACUGGUGUGACGGUGAACUCCCUCCACCCCGGUGCCGUCAAGACGCACAUCGUGGACGAGGGACCGGGCCUGCGGAAGUUCCUCUUCGACUUCGUGCUCAGCAUCAAAGGAAAGACGCCGCUGGAGGGAGCGCAGACAUCGGUGCGGCUUGCCGUGGAUCCUGAGCUGGCGAACACGAGCGGCGAAUACUUCGAGAACUGCGCGCCUGCCGCGCCUCGAUACCGGAGUGCGCACUUGGCCGACCACCACCUCGCCGAACACUUACUACGCUCUUCCCAGCACCUACUCGGGCUAUAGUUUUUUCUCUACGCAUUAACUCUCCAGCAUUGAAAACGUGAAUCAGAAGACUAAAGGUGUUUGUUGCUUGGGCUUUCAAAGGGUACUUACGCAACGCUCGCAGAAAAAU